AUGAUUCAGUCCCCGCCCCUCGCCCGAGGAGGCCCGAGUGACUUCCCGCCCCCCAACCGCCCCCAGAGGGCUCCUUAUCAGACGGGGCGCACCGCAGCAGCCCCCCAGAAAGGAGGAGCAGCGGUGAGAGCCGGAGCCGAGAGCAGCCCCUUCCUCUUCUCUUCCCACCCAAGCAUGGCCCUGCUGCCGCUGCUGCUGCCGCUGCUGCUGCUGGCCCCGCUGCCGCCCUUCGCCGCCCGCCCCGCCCCGACGGCGGUAACUGUGGGGGUGCUGCUGCCCGAGGAUCCCCGGCGCUACCCCUGGGCUUUGCCGCGAGUCGGGGCCGCCCUGAACCUGGCCCUGGAGGCGCUGCAGCCCCAGCUGAGCCGGGCCGCCCUCGCCGUCCGCCCCGUCUUCGUCCCCGUGCAGGGCGACCGCGACUGCGACUUGGAAGGGGUGCAGCUGAAGGUGGUCGAUCUGAAGGCCUCCCACGACCCCGACGUGCUGGUGGUGGGGAGCACCUGCGCCCUCGGGGAAGUCUUCACCGGCGUGGAAAGGUUGGCCGACCACUGGAGCCUGCCGCUUCUGAUGGCCGGCGGCCCCGUCUGGAAGAACCACGUCCCCACGACGGUGCAGGCGUACCCGACGGGGCACGAGCUGAGCGUCUUGGCGCCCCACCUGCUGCGGCACUUCAACUGGACCUCCCGCGCCGUCUUCAUCUUGGGUUCUGAACUCUCUGCCCUGUUCGGUUCUGAACCCGUUGCCCCGUUCGCCAUGGAGGACUUGUUCCAGGUCGGCCCCAACUUCACUGCCCAGGGGCUCAUCUACCACGGGCCGGACGAGGCUGUCCAGUUAAUCCGGACCCACGGGCGAGUGGUCUUCAUCUGUGUGCCCCUGGAGACACUGCAGGAGAUCAUGCGUGUGGCGCAGGCCCAGAACAUGACCAACGGUGACUAUGUUUUCUUCCACCUGGACUGCUUUGGGGGAACCCUACAACCUCAGGGGCGUCACCAGGCAGCCAGGCCCUGGCACAGCAAGGAGGGCCAAGAUGCAGGAGGUCUCCGAGAGGCCUUCCAGACGGUGCUGGUGAUCACCUUCCAUGAGCCCCAAACCCCCGAAUACCGGCAUUUCCAGAGCCAGCUGAUCCUGCGGGCCCAGAGAGAUUUUGGCGUGGCACUCAAUGACUCGCUGCGCCUGGUGGCCGGCUGCUUCCACGAUGCGCUGCUGCUGUAUAUCAGGGCAUUGAACGAGACGCUGCAUGAAGGAGGAACCAAGCGAGAUACCAGCCACAUCCUGGAAAAGAUGAGGGACCUGAAAAUCCAGGGUGUCACUGGGAUAGUGAGCAUGGACAGAGACAUUAGGCGAGAGAUGGAUUUCGACUUGUGGAGCAUGGCAGAUGUGGAGAGUGGAGAAUUCCAGGUGGUGGGCCAUUAUAUGGGAUCCGAGAAGCAGAUCGACUGGUUGGGGCCCAUCCAUUGGAAGAAGGGGAGCCCUCCUCUCGACAACCCGCCUUGUGUCUUUGACACGGAUGAUCCCUCCUGUGGUAAGAGUGAGUGUGUCCAGGGUCAGAGAGGGGUUUCCUCUCCCUGGACGGGCCACGGUGGCUAUUCCUGAGACCGGUCAGGCCACUCUGCCACCUCCAGUAGGGCUAGAUCUGCCAGGCAGGACAGGGCUAAGUGGGGAUGUUCAAGUAUCCGCUGGGUUGCCAGAAGGUUCUGCUCUUUGGUUGUGAGCUCAGAGCUGGUUUUUCACAGAGCAGUUUCGCUGUUCAUGAGCCUCUCAUUGGGUACGUGUUCGCACACUGAAUCAGUACAGUCAGUGUUCGACACAUGAAUGUUCUCGCACAUCUGAAUGGGUGUCUGGUCUCCUACUCACACAGGGCCACAAUAUGGCUCAUUGCAUAGCUGCCAAUCCUAAAACACAUUGAGAACAAAGUGAUCAUGGGCCAGUGAUUACAGUGUUUCUUUUAAAGUCUUGCUGGUUGGUGUUCAUUUCAGUCUGUGUUCAUUGUCAAGGUUCGUUCUUGCACAUAUUCUCUCAGCCUUAUAGGAGUUGUCGUCCUCGCUUUGUGUCAUUUAAUUCUUCCGGAGGAGCAUCAGGUUCACUUUCGGUCCAGGUGCAAAAUGGUUCAAAAGGGGGAGGGAAGCGAAACAGAAGU